AUGAGAAACCCCAAGACGUCAGCGAUUGUAGAAGACGAUGAAGAAGACGACGUUCCAUAUGACGAAGACGAAGAAGUAGAGGAUAAUGACGAUGUCGACGAAGAAGAAGAGGACGACGAGGACGACGAUGAAGACGAUGAUCCUCGCCCCAAAAAACGUGCAGCUAAUCCUUUCAUUGAUGAAAUGGCUCUUGUCGAUGAAGACGAAGAGGAGGAAGAAGAGGAAGAAGACUACGAGCGUGAAGAUGGAUUCAUCGAUGAGGGUGGGGAGGAGAUUCCAUCCGAGGCCUCGAUGCAAAGACGCCACUUGGAUCUUGAUCGCCGGCGUCGUGAAAUGGAAGGCAUGGACGAUGAACAAGUAGCGGCAUUCUAUGCACAAAAGUACGGUGGGCGACGGGCGCAGGCAUACAAGUCUUCCGAAGAAGUGCCGCAGCAACUGCUGCUGCCAAGUGUGAACGACCCAAAUUUGUGGAUGGUUAAAUGCAAGCCGGGCAAGGAGAGAGAUAUCGUUUUGGGCAUGAUGAAGCGAUACUUUGAUCGCUUAUACAGUGAUGUGCCAUUGGAUACGUUUUCAGCAUUUGCAAGAGAAUCAUUGAAGGGCUAUGUAUAUAUCGAAGCAAGAAGAUUGGCUCAUGUACAGCAGGCCAUUGCAAAUAUACCGCAUGUUUAUCAGACAACGUUAAUUUUGGUGCCGAUCCAGGACAUGAUCGAUUCUAUCAACAUACAAAAGAAGGUGACCGAAAUACCCAUUGGCGGAUGGGUCCGCGUCACUCGAGGAACAUAUAACGGUGAUCUCGGCAAAGUGCUUGAGGUCUCUGAUUCGCAGGACACAGCUUUGAUCAAACUGAUCCCACGUCUGGCACUGGAUCAGCCUGAAGAAGAAUACGAGGCCAGUAAAAAGCGAAAGAAAGGCGCAGCAGCACGACCGCCACAACGAUUAUUCAAUCCAGAACGCCUCAGCAAACGACACAUUUCGAGCUUACAAAAGAAAGGUCCUUAUUGGGUGUUGGGCACCGACAGUUUCCGCGACGGCUAUCUCGAGAAAAAUAUAAAGGCGACAUCAUUGCAGAUCGAAGAUGUCAGCCCGUCUCUUGAGGAGAUUACUCGGUUCAUAGGAGAUUCUGGUGCAGCGGGUGAAGAUGGGGAUCGUGCCCUGGAUUUGUCUGCAGCCUCGCUCCAGGCUGUAAAUGAUGCACAGGCAACAUCAUUAUUGCAACCGGGCGACACUGUCGAGGUCAUUGAAGGUGAUAUGGUCCAUACUAUUGGUACGAUAGAGACAGUCAACGAUGCGUCCGUUAUCGUAAAACUUGACAUGGGCGGCUUCUCAAAGUCGGUGACUUUGCCUGCCAAACAAGUACGCAAAAAGUUCAAUGAAGGUGACCACGUCAAAGUCAUUCACGGUCUGCGUAAAGAUGAAAGUGGUAUGGUUGUCAAGGUCGAAGGCAACGUGAUCACCAUGGUUUCGGAUUCGUCUCUGGAAGAAAUUAAGGUGUUUGCAAAGGAUCUUCGUGUUGCUGCCGAGGUCACCUUGGGCAAGACGACCAUUGGCAACUAUGAGUUGCAUGAUUUGGUUCAACUUGACUUCCAUACUGUGGGUGUUAUCGUCAAAGUAGACAAAAACUCGCUCAAAGUUAUGACACACAAUGGAGACAUUCGUACGCUCGCACCACAUCAAAUCACAAACAAACGAAAUAGCCAAAGAGCUGUUGCAACAGACGCCAACGGCAACAGUAUAACCGCCGGAGACACGGUUAUGGAAGUGCGUGGUGACAGACGGACAUGUACAGUGCUUCACAUUUAUCGACACCUUGUGUUUUUGCACUCGCGUGAAAAUAUGGCAAAUUUCGGUGUGUGGGUUGAAAACACACGGUCUGUCAUGAGCAUGUCGCCCAAAGAACGUCAACCGUCCCGAGACAACUUGCGACAACCUAACAAUGGCCCCAACUUCCGCGGAGGCUUCGAAGGCCGUGGUCGUGGUCGAGGGGGCGCUCGUGGCGGCUUUUUCGGCCGUGGUCGUGGUGGUCGCGACAACUUAAUAUCCAAGACAGUGCGUGUUACACAGGGUCCACACAAGGGCUAUGUUGGUAUUGUCAAGGAUUCGACUGAAACAAUGGCAAGAGUCGAACUUCACACAAACUCCAAGGUCAUCAAUGUCGACAAAGCCAAGCUGGUACUAAUUGGUGUCAAGGGCGAAACCGUUGGCCCUGUGUUGGACGGCGAGCGCGCUGGUGGCGCAGCAGAUUCGUUCAGCUCGCGUCCUCCAAUGACGCCAAAGCGCUAUGGCGACGGCGCCAUGACUCCACGACACUACUCUUCUGGAUCACAGACGCCUGCAUGGAGCAUGAACUCACGAACACCCAACCCAUAUGCGAAUGAUGGUUCCAAGACGCCGGCAUGGGAUCUGGGCAGCAAGACGCCCAACCCACACGCUUAUUCAGAUGGAUCAAAAACACCUGCUUGGGACUCGGGAAGCAAAACACCUUCAUGGAAAGCGGAGACGCCUCGGUGGAACUCGUCUGGUGGACGCACGCCUGGUUUAAACGACUAUGGAGACCGCUCGCCUACUUGGAGUGGCAACAGCAGCAGUCGAUACGGAGACCGAGACGUUGCACCCACACCAGCAGCACAUGCCAUGGCACCAGCCACACCAGCAGCCUCAUCAAAUAAUGUCGCACCUUCUCCUGCACCUUUUCCACAGACACCUGGGGCAAACUUCCCUCAAACACCAUACGACAGCGCACCGACCCCUUACGAUGGUGCACCAACGCCGGGCGCUAAUCUUGCACCUGCAACGCCUGCUGCACUCACAGCCCCUACUCCAGCCGCCCAUAUGCUAAGUGCACCAACGCCCGGUGGCUACAUCCCAUCAACACCAGCAGGAUCAGUACAGCCACAAACUCCGUUUAGACCUACAGGCGGUGAUUAUGGACAUGUUGAAGAGCAAGCUGAAGACAGUUCAGACUGGCCCAUUGAAGAGAUUGAAAUCAAAGUAACCAAAUCAGGCAAUGGCGCUCAACAGGGCCAGCUUGCAUCGAUCGUGUCUGUGGACAGCACUGCACGGACAUGUACAGUCACUUUGAACGACGGAGGCGCACGAGCAGAUUUAGCAUUUGACAGCAUGGAACCUGUUCGACCGAGCAAAAAGGAUCCUGUCAAGGUUUUGCUGGGCCAGCAUCGUGGUGGUAUUGGUGCAUUGAUUGGUGUAGAUGGCCAUGAUGGUAUUUUGAGGCUGAAGGGCCAAGGCACAGCAUUCAAGUUCGUCAGUAUCAAUGCUGUUGGUAAAUACACUGGUUCAGAAAUGAGUAAUGGCGUAGUAUAAAGAAGCCAACAUCAAUCUCGAGCUAUGAUUCCCCUCCCUCCCUCUCUCCCUCCUUCUCUCUUUCACACAUCUACCUAAAAAGCGCUGCUAUUAAAAGGAUUGACC